AUGGAUGCGGAAUGCAUCGAAUGGAAAUCGACUGCAAAUUUGCAUAAUGGACCUGCUUUUUUCCAACCGCUAACUGACUCCAUUGAACCAUUACAGUUCAAACUUAUUGGAUCGAACACACUGGCAACCGCAUUUCCUGUAUUCGACACCAAAUAUAUACCGGACUCACUUAUCAACUAUGUUUUUAGCUUGUUCAAUAUGGAAAUCGAAAGUGGCAAAACCUAUCCACAAUUAGAUGUUUUAACUAAGCAGGAAUUCUUAAAAUAUUGGUUUCACUCAUUCGCCGUUAUUGUUUUGCAAACCGAUAAGAAAUAUAUUGAGGAUAAUCAAGACUGGCAUUCAGUUCUCUUAGGUACAUUCUACAUUAAGCCCAACUAUGCACCGCGCUGCUCCCAUAAUUGUAACGCUGGGUUUUUAGUCAAUAGUACCCAUAGAGGUCAGAAGAUUGGUUACAGGCUUGCUCAGGUAUACUUGAAUUGGGCACCUUUAUUGGGAUAUAAAUAUUCUAUCUUUAAUCUUGUAUUUGUUACCAACAAAGCCAGUUGGAAAAUAUGGGACAGAUUAAACUUCCAAAGAAUUGGAUUGGUCCCUUGUGCUGGAAUUCUUAAUGAUUUUAGUGAGCCCGUGGAUGCUAUAAUUUAUGGUAAAGACUUGACCAAAAUAGAACCCGAAUUCCUUUCCAUGGAAUACCCAUAG